UCAAGGUCAUUCCAAAGUCACUCAAGGUCAUUUCAAGGUCAUACCAAGGUCAUCUCAAGGUCACAGUAAAAAUAGAUUGUUGAAUAACUCCUGGGGGUAACUAUAAUAAGUAUAAAACAAUUAUCUACAUUAACAUAUUCGUUGAAAUAUAAAUUUCUGAGUUCGAGGUCAUUUCGAGGUCAUCUGAAGGUGACACUAUAAUGGUUGAAUCUUGACAUAAAACAUUAUCCAUGUUAAUGUUCCUAUCAAAUAGGCACAUCUAUAUUAACUUUUUCUUCCAAAAAAUAUUUUCAUACAUAAAAUGUUUAAUACCCAAACAUGUGCCGGAUCAAAUAUUAAUUUUCAUCAAGGAAUAUAUUUUCAUCCAUAUUAAUUGACUACUAUGGAUCGUAUCUCGACUCAUUCAAGUUAGCAGAAAAGUUCCUAACGGUAACUUUGCUUAUAAUUUCGAGUAGUUGAGAAGAGAAAAAAAGGGAUCGAUAAAGAAAGUUCUCUGUUUGGAUCGACGAACCUCGGCGAACAAAGGGUGCUUCGAACGAUCAUGAAGCAACUGGCUCCGCCCCUGUUUCACCGUUGUCAGGACGAUCGACGAGGUAGCUUUCACAGAAUUUCUCUCCGUCGAGGGCAAAGUUCCUGGAUACAGUUUGCGUGCUACAUUCGUCCAGGGAAUCGGGACUCAUCGCGUGAUCCCUCUGCUCUUUUUGGAUCACGUGUACCAGUUUACAUCGCUUUCUCGAGCACGAUCAGAUUUCAAUUUUGUGCAGAUACUUUGAAAAACAUGAUAGUAAUGGCUACUGAAGAUUUUCGAACAAACAUCGAAGGAUAAGAAUUAAAAUAAUGAACAACGCCUCUGCAAAAUACACGCUGGAUAAAAAAAUUCUAUGGCUCACGAAUUUAAGACGAGGUAAGCUUGAACAUCUUGAAAAAGAAACCGAGAAAUUGAAGAAUGAUGAGAUCGACAAAGAGGAAGAUGAAGAUGAGGCGGAAGGAAGAUAACGAAAAAUGGCGGACGUUUUAACUGGUAGCAGAGUCAAAGAAUUACAAGCCAUGCUAUUUCCGGUUCAACCGAUUCCUGGAAACGCGUUAGCAAAUUUCAGUAAACUUCAAGAACUGCAAUUGCUGCAACUAGGACGUUACAAUGUACCUCGAAGAGAGACAGAACUAUCAUUAUUCUCGGUACCACUCGGUACUAGAGACGAUCAAUCAAAAGAGACCCUUAGAACCUUGUUGGAUUCUCGUUGUAUGAUUGACGGAAUCACUCAGGAAGCUGCAAGAUGGCCAACAGAAUGCCAAGUACUGCCAGAGAGAGUGAAGCAUAUAGAGUACAUUCCAACCGUUCCAGAACCAUUUUACACGCCAACCGGAAAGGAACCACGACCAAAGCCAUUAGGGGAUGAAUUUGGAACCGUAGUAUUCCGUUAUCACCCAACGAGCAUCACCAACUACUUCAGCAGAUCCUGUGUAGGAGGGAGCACGGUUUUACCUUUCUCAUCAGAAUAUUCAGACUCUAGCGGAUACGACUCGAAGGAAACUGACAAUAAUCUGUUCUUCGUGACAAGAUCAUCAGACACCGACAGCAACACCGACUUGCAUUUUGAAUCUCGUUUCGAGUCUGGAAAUCUUUGCAAAGUCGUCAAAAUCACGGAUACGUAUUAUCAGCUGUAUUUGAGGAAGGAUCUUUAUACACAGAGGCAUACGCAGUGGUAUUACUUCAGGAUAUCGAAUACGAGAAGUAGAACUACUUACAGACUAUCAAUAGUGAAUCUCUGUAAAGAGGAAAGUUUAUACAACGAAGGUCUACGGCCAUUACUAUACUCGACGGAGGACGCAAAGCAACGUGCCGUUGGUUGGAGAAGAUGCGGCGACAAUAUCGCGUACUACAGAAACGAUUCAAGCGACGAAGAGAAAGAAAAGCAUACAUUGACAUUUAACGUUUCCUUCCCUCACGACAGAGACACGGUCUACUUGGCGCAUUGUUAUCCUUACACCUACACCGAUUUACAGGAGUAUCUCGCCAAACUCGUUGCCGAUCCGGUGAAGACGAGGUUCACGAAAUUGAGACUGUUGUGUCGAACAAUGGCUGGGAAUGGUGUCUAUUAUUUGACGAUCACUGCCCCAACGUACGAUGAAGAGAUGCGAAGGAAAAGAGGUAUAGUAAUCACGGCGAGAGUUCAUCCUGGAGAAACGCCGUCGAGUUGGACGAUGAAAGGGAUCAUCGACUUUUUGACCGGGGAAUCGGACCAGGCAAAGGUACUCCGAGAGAGAUUCGUGUUCAAGCUGGUGCCAAUGCUGAAUCCAGAUGGCGUGAUCGUGGGCAACAAUCGGUGCUCGUUGUCGGGGAAAGACCUGAAUAGACAAUACAGAACGGUCAUGAGGGAGAGCUAUCCUUCCGUCUGGCAUACGAAAUUAAUGAUCCGACGGUUACUCGAAGAAUGCGGGGUAGCAAUAUACUGCGAUUUACACGCUCACUCGAGGAAACACAAUAUAUUCGUUUAUGGCUGCGAGAGUAAGAGAACUGGUUCGCAGACGAGGCUUUCGGAACAGGUGUUUCCUUUGAUGGUUCAUAAGAACGCUGCCGAUAAGUUCUCUUUUGAAAACUGCAAGUUCCACAUGGAAAAGGGAAAAGAAGGUACAGGAAGAGUAGUGAUGUGGUCAAUGGGGGCGCAGUACAGCUACACCAUGGAGGCCUCCAUGGGAGGUUCAAAAAUCGGAUCCAGAUCCGGCACUCACUUCUCCACUCAAGACUACGAACAAAUCGGUAGAGUGUUCUGUGAAACUCUGCUGGAUUUCUUUGAUCCAGACCCCGUUAAGGUAAUGCACUUAAUAUUCACCUUUUCUUUAAAAUCAUCUGAUCUUUACCUUCUCUUUGAAACGCCUCUGAACGGAUCAAUCUGUGAUGGAAUGAAGGAGAAACUUCGGAGCAAGAUAAUUGUCAGGUUGAUGAAAGAGGGAUCUAGCGCUGAGGAGCCGACGAACAUCGACUUGACCGACUACUCUAGCGACGAAGGGGAUACAUCGGACAGUUCUGUCUCGGAAAAAGAAGAAACUUUAAUCGAAGAGUGGAGCUGCAACACGCCACCACCGACUCCCACAUUCCUUCCACUACAAAGCUUCGAAGCGGCGAAAAGAAGGAAUAAAAAAGGAAGCAAUAGUAAAAGCUAUCUUCGACGCAAAAGAAUGCUGACUGGAAGAGCAGUCAUGGAUUUACCUACCACGGAUCCGGGCAGUGAUUUGUGUGAUUUGACAGACUCGGCGGAUGAAGGUGUAACAAGAACAGAAGAAUCUUCAGCAAGAAGUCGCGAACGCUGCAAAGAUGUAGGAACAGAAAGCACUGAGAAGGAAAGAAUUACCGACAGUUUAAUCUUGCCAGAAAUAGUAAGACCCCGCAGUGUUUCACUGGGCGAGAAUUUGCGUGUGAAUAAAAAAGAACCAAAGACGAAUAAACGAUCGCAAUGCCUUCAUCUAAUAAGAGCAUUCAGACAUCGUACACCCGUGCAAUUCAACCAAGAGGUACAAAUUAAACUGAGUUCGUUGAGACAACAAAUAUGGAUGGGAGUUCCAUUGAAUGUGGCAGAAAAUGGAAAAAAUAUCGAGCACACGUUUGCGAAGGAACCACUGAGUUGGGGAAUUUCUAAUAUGGCACGGGAGAGAAUUGACAACGACAUAUUACUUAAAUCUUAUCCAAAAAAAUCGCCAUCUCUAGAAUACGUUACUAUAGACGACAAUAUCAGAAAAGCGCAGGUUAAAUGUAAACCGAAAGAAGUGCUACUCGAGGACACCAGGCCGGAAAUUGAGAAUCAACGUCCACACAGCGAACGUAAAUCAAAAAAGAAAAAAUCUCGUCACAAAUGGCAGAAGCUAGUUAGUCUAAAUACGAAAGCAGAAGAAACCAAUUGUAGAAAAGCGUCUUUCUUGACGAUUAAAACUGAUUCCCUGAAACUGAUUACACUGGAGAUUCCCUCCAAAACGCAAACACGGCAAAACAAAAUAGAUUCGAAAAGAAAGCAUCGAAAAAGUGGCGCCACUUGUUCUAAUACUGGAAAAACUUCGAACAUCGGGAAGUCGCAAAUAAAAUCACAAACGCGAUCGCACGUACAAUUACAACCAUUAAUUGUUCCUUUAUGCGACAGUUUUUCCUCCGACGAUUCCAAUGAUUAUCGUAGACACAGAAUUUCGAAGAAGAAACAGAAGAAAAAGAAGCAACUGAAGAAAAUUAAAAAGAACGGAUCUAUCUAGCGUUACACGAAUAUCACAUUUUUUGUGACCUGAACAAUUUAUUUUGUACAAAUAUAUAUUUGCGACUAAUACUGAAAAUAUUUGUGUGCUAUGUUUAUGCGAUGAUCGAAAUAUCAUGAUCGGAUUUAAUUACGUAUUCACGUGUAUUUUUAUUUGUAAUAGAAACUGUC